CAUUUGUAUUUUGCUCCUAUAUUUUACCUCCAUUGUUAUGCCAUCAUUUCUGAGAGAGAGAGAGAGAGAGAGAGAGAGAGAGCAGUAAUUUUCUAAGAGGAAUUAUUGUUGGGUUUUGCUGAUUCUGCUUUCUUCUCUCCUCACGCAGAUUGUGCUGCUAUUUGAAUUUUGAUAGGGAUUUUGCUCUGUUGCUUAAGAUGGCUAGAGGAGGCAACAUGGCGUCAAAGAGGACGACCCGGAAUAAAGUCCGAUUGGAGAAGAAGUGUUCGGAUGAGUCAGAUGAAGACUAUAUGGUGACUGAAGAUGAGUUUGAUGAGUCAGAAGACGAGUCCUGUUCUUCUUUUGCUGAUGAUGAAACAGAAGAGAGUUUAGGAGAAUUUGAGGAGGAGGAGGAAGAAGAGGAAGUUUGGGUCAAAAGGAAGAUUAAAAAGGUUGGAAGACCUGGAGGGCGAAAUGGUUUUCAAGGGAAGAAGAAUAAUGGGAUUGUUAAACCAAGAAAGAAAAAGGCAGAUCAUAGUGAGGAAGGGGAGGAUUUUUCUGAAGAUGAUUUUGCCGGCACUAAGCAAAAGAAGAAGAGUAAGCUAUCUCACAAGAAGGAAGAUGAUGAUAUUGGGGGUUUGUAUAGACAAGAAAAGGAUGAUUUUGGUGAUGCAAAAACGAGAAAGAGAACUCAGGCAUCAACUAACAGAAAAUAUGUGGAUGGUUGUAAUGCAGGGCCAAGAAAGAAAGCUAAAGUUUCGUAUCGAGAAGAAAAGAAAGAUGAUGAUGAUUCUGAUGAUGAGGAGGAGGAGGAAUUUAUACCAGAUGAAGUUGAUGGUGUAGAAGAUGACGAAGACUUACUUGUAAUGAAGAAGAAUAAGGUCGGCAGGUUGAGGGUGCAAGGCACUCAGAUUGCCAAUGGAAAACAGAGGAAGAGGAGUGUUGAGGCUUUGAAGAGGACCAACAGAAAGAAACCAAAAAAGGAACAAGUUUCGAGGAGAAAAAAUAGGUAUCACGAUAAGGAGCUCAAAGAUGAGAACCAUGUCGUAUCAAAAAAGAAAAAAGUCACUGGAAUGGGUAGGGGAAGGAGGAAAUCAAGUGUGAAUUCUGAUUCAGAUUUCGUGAGUUCAGGAUCAUCUGAUUAUGAGUACACCAUGUCUGAAGAAGAAAGAGAACAGGUUAGAGAAGCUAGUGAUUUUUGUGGAGGGUUAGCAACUAGUAUACGGAGUUCAAGUUCUUUGAAGGUGAUUGAAGAGGAACACACAGUGCCUUCACAAAGAAAAUGCCAAGGAAGAAAGGGCAAGGAAAAGACGGUGGAUGUAAAGAUUGAGGUAGGGAAGAGGGUUUGUGGUGUUUGUCUAUCCGAAGAGGGGAAGAGAACAGUCAGGGGAAUAUUAAAUUGUUGCAGUCAUUACUUUUGUUUUGCUUGCAUCAUGGAGUGGUCAAAGGUGGAAUCUCGUUGCCCUCUCUGCAAGCAAAGGUUUGCAACCAUCACCAGGACUUCAAGAGCUGACGGUGGACAUGAUUUAAGGCAUGCAGUUAUUCCAGUUUCUGAGCGUGAUCAGGUUUAUCAGCCAUCUGAGGAAGAGCUGAGGGGCUAUCUUGAUCCAUACGAGAAUGUUCUUUGUAUGGAAUGUCAUCAAGGUGGGGAUGAUGCGCUUAUGCUUCUUUGUGAUCUCUGUGAUUCACCUGCACACACUUAUUGUGUUGGUCUAGGACGUGAAGUACCCGAAGGGAAUUGGUACUGUGAUAGCUGUAGGCCAACUAUACUUGCAUCCUCGAAUGCACAACCUCUAAAUCCCAUUCCUGAUCACGGAGCAAAUAGCAAUCUGUCCGUUGGUUCAUUACCUACGGGCACUGUUCGGGAAACUUUUGAUCUCAAUGAGUUGUAUGUACCUGAAACUCCAUUGACCCAAGCAACUGGCUACUCUCCAUCUCCUAGAAGUUCUAUUGGAGAUGUUCAAGCUGCUUCUCCUGGUUCCAGGUCAGGGGCAUUUACUCUAUAUGAAAGAAGAAGAAUACAGCGGCAGAUUCAUCAACUUCUUAAUAACAGGACUAGACAAUUGGACAGUAGUAGUAUAGCCCCAGCGCCAGGGAUUAGUCUUUUUGGUGCUCAAAUUUGGCGUGGUGGGUUUGUAGUACCUCAGCAUGCUGUUCCUGUAUGGGUGACGCCACAAAAUAUAUGUCACCAGGAAAAAUUAGGAAACUAUACCACACCUUCUUGGUAUGGUAGGGAUGCCCUUUCUCCAGGAUUAACCAGUUUGAGGGAGCAAGUAAUUCACCAUCAAGCAUCUGCAUCUACAUCUACUGAUCGCUCUGGUGGUGAAUUAUCACAUUCUGAAAUUUCUGGGACCAAUUCGAGGAUUGAUCAGGGUUUCACUCAGCAUCAACUCCGUCCUUGCAAUAGUAUGUCAAACACUGGGGUGGAUGCUAGCAGAUCGCCAUAUCCAUUUAGGGAGGUGAGCCUCUCUUCUUUGGAGAAGGAACAAGUGCAAUCCAUGGUUAGGUGUAAUUUAAAAAGCCUGUCUCGAAAUUCAGACUUAGGUUAUGUUACCUUCAAGCACAUUGCAAGGACCUCUACGCACACAAUUUUAGCUGCAUUUGGACUUGAGCACCGGUGGAACGAAGUACACCCAGUACAAACACGACCACUGAUCUGCGACCAUUUUGACAGAUCAGCCAGUAGGCAGAUGCGUCCAAUUGCAGGUCAAUGCUCAUCUUGUUUUGACUGGUUCGUCAGGAACAUCGUGAUGGAAAUAAUGUCCACCCGGGUUCCCCUCUUGUCCUCAGAUUAGGCUCUCUUUGCAGUGAGCGGAAGUUGAACUUCAGUCGGCUGAGGCCGAGUCCUUUUGUUAGGGUAGGAGUUUCUUGUUUCUUUUUAGCAGAGAAGCAGACCAGAAGAAGUAGCUCUCAGCUGGUUACUGCCACUUCUGAUAGAUGUUUACACGGACAGGUUAGUGUUAUGUACACACCUUUUUCAUGUUAUUGAGUUAUGCAUUUUUUGCCAACAACUCCUUGACUUUAAAGGAUUAUGUUGGGAAAUGGAGUAGCUAAGAAGCGGCAUGAAAUGUUGAUUUUUUUCAAAAUAUUUCUAAGAUCAGAUCAGCAUCAAUUUAUGAAUUGUG